UGUGUCAACGAUAGGGGAAUGGCCGGUUUAUCGAUUACGAGUUUCAAAGUCCGUCUCGUGUAUGAACCUUUGUGUUUAGAGGCAAAAUGAAUUUUGCGAAAUCUUGGAGCGAAUUUAAAGAAAUACUUCGCAGACACGAAGUAGAAACUGUAACAAAAUAUGUUUACUACUAUGGAAAGUCAUUCGAUAAAGAGAUUGAACUAACUCCAGAUUUACGAUUAAACUGGUUAGAUGAUAUUCCCUAUUUCCACUUUGGGCGAAAAACCUAUGUUUGCCAUCAAGGAAAAGAUCUGAAUAAACGUCAAAAGGAAAAUUAUGCUAAAGAAAAAAAUGAAAAGUGUCAAACUGAUCAUGCUUUUGGUAAAGCAUAUUCCAAGAACCAGACAACUAAAAAAGUUAAUUGUCCAGCUGUAAUUAAUGUUACCCGAAUGUACAGGAUGCCUCAGUUCAAGGUAGUGCCAACCCGAAAAAGAAAGAUUAUGAUAUCUCGGAAAAUUAAGGAAAAACUAGCCAAUAAAGAUAGUAUUGCUGGUGAAGAAGUUUUCAUGUUUAAUUUACCUAAUAGCCAAGAUCAUCAAAAUCAUCUAAUGGGUAACAUGGCUGCAGUAAUAGAACCUAUAGAUGCUAGAGUGCGGCAUUUCAUAGCUUCUAAAGUUAAGAAUGGAAAAUGCAAUGCCACUGUAAUUGCAGAGCUAUUAGAAGUAUACGUUUCAACUGAAUUGGGAGAAACUGAUAAAACGCGCAGACGAUUUUAUCCAGAAAUGGAGGCAAUAAGGAAAAUAAUAAGCCAAGCAAAAUCCGAUAUUAGAACUAGUAAAAUUGACCAGGAAAAUACAGAAAUGUUAAUAAAUAGCUGGGAUACUUCCAAGUGUUCUGUUUUUUUUAGACCAUGUACUGAAAAUACAUAUGAUGGUACUGAGCCAAAUGACUUUACAGAUUCAAAACUAAAUCUGCUAUUUGUAUAUCAAAGUGAAGAAAUGAAAAAUUUAUAUGUCUUAUAUGGUUCUAAUCUUGUUCUUCUCGACGCGACCUAUCGAACCUGUAAGUAUGCUCUCCCACUUUAUUUUUUAGUUGUCAAAACAAAUGUGAACUAUCAAAUAGUGAGCAUAAUAAUUACACAAAAUGAAACAGCCAAAGCAUUAGAAGAAGCUCUUAUAAUUAUUAAAAAUUGGUCGCCUCUCGUUAGACCAAAAUAUGGGAUGGUUGAUUUUGCAAUGGAAGAAAUUACAAGUUUGGGAAAAUGUCUUUACAGGAAUUAA